GUUUGGGGUUUAUGGAUGCGUAUGAGCAAAUGCCCCGGCGACGCGAUUGCGCUCCACGAAUUCGCCCCGCGGCUCCGGCAAUGUGGGAUCGCCCGGGCGCUGGAGGAGGGCAGGCGAUUGCACGCGCAGCUGAUCGACACCGGUCUCGACACUGGCACGUUCCUUGGCAAUUUGCUCGUCCAGAUGUAUGGCAAAUGUGGCAGUGUGGAGGACGCGCGAUCGGCCUUCCGGAGGAUCAAGCAUCCCAAUCUCUACACCGGCAAUAUCAUGAUCGCAGCGCUCGUCCACGGCGGAAGAACACCAGAGGCGAGGGAGAUCUUCAAUGCUGCGCCGCGGAGGAAUCUCGUGUCGUGGAACUCGAUGAUCGCGGCGUAUGCCCGGACUGGGCAGCUGCUCGAGGCCAGGGAGAUGUUUGAUCGAUUGCCACAGCAGGACGUGGUCUCUUGCAAUCUCGUGAUGCACGGCUACAUCCAGGAGAGCCGGAUCGACAAGGCGAGCGAGAUCUUCGUGGCGAUCGAGGAGCCGGACUCGAUCAGCUGCCACACAAUGCUCGUUGCGCACGCACAGAUCGGCCGGAUCGAUGAAGCCAAGGCGAUGUUUGAUCGCGUUCCACAAAACGAUGUUCUAAGCUGGAACGCGAUGAUCCAAGCAUUUGCCCAGUGUGGGCAGUUUGGUCGGGCGAAGAGCUUGUUCGAUCGAAUGCCGGAGAGGAAUGUGGUGGCCUGGACUUCAAUCAUGGUAGCUUACGCCAAGAUCAAAAAUUUCACUUGCGUGAUUGCACUCUUCAGUGCGAUGCCCGAGCGUGACUACAUCGCGUGGACGGUUCUCUUGACAGCAUUUGCCGCGGAUGGGGAUGUUGCGCGGGGCCGCGCGGUGCUGGAUCGAAUGCCCCAUCACGGCAUCGUGGCGUGGAACUCGCUGAUCCAGGGCGCGGUCCAAUCGGAGAAUCGCGCGCUCGCGAUAGCUCUGCUCGAUCAGAUCCCCGAGCGAGACAUCGCGACCCACAACCUGAUGAUCCAGGCGUCCUGGAGCUCGCCCGGACAGGCCUCGCGGAUCUUCUCGCGAAUGCCAGCGCACAACGUGGUAUCCUGGACGACGCUGCUCGCGGCCUUCUCCCAGUCCGGCCAGAUCGAUCGCGCCAGGGAGGUCUUCACCGCCAUGCCCGAUCGAAGCCCCGUGUCGUGGACCACGAUGAUUAACGCGCUCGCGCACAACGGACUGUGGAAGAGAUCCAUCGCCCUCUUUGCGGAGAUGGAUCUCGAUGGCGCGCGCCCCGAUCGGCUGUGCUUCUCGGCGGCGCUGGACUCGUGCUCGAGCGGCGCGGCGCUGCGCGAGGGGCGGCUCCUCCACGCCGAGGCGGUGGCGGCGGGGCUGGAAGAUGAGCUCCUCGUUGCCACCGCGCUGAUCAACAUGUAUGGCAAGUGUGGGCGAUCGAUCCAGGCCCGAGAGCUCUUCGAUCGGAUCAAUCGUAAGGACGUGGUGCUCUGGACAGCGAUGUUUGGAGCAUACGCUCACUCGGGCGACGCCAUAGCCGUGAUCAAUCUCUUCCCAUCGCUGGAGCUCGAGGGGAGCUGUGCCUCGGACGCGAUCGCGCUCCUGGCCGUGCUGUCAGCUUGUAUCCACGCCGGCCGCCUCCACGACGCGCGGCGCUACUUCCUCUCGAUGAUCCCCGACUAUGGCGUCGCGCCAUUCGUGGACCACUUCGUGUGCAUGGUCGAUCUCCUCGGCCGCGGCGGCCAGAUAGAGCUCGCCGACGACCUCGUCCGAUCGAUGCCCUUCCAAGCCGACUGCGUGGCGUGGACGAUCCUCCUCGGCGCUUGCCGGAUCCACCGCGACGUGGCUCGCGGCGAGGCGGCGGCGGAGAAGAUCCUGGAGCUGGAGCCCGGGAACGCAGGAGCUUUCGUCCAGCUGCUCAAUCUCUACGAGGCAGCGGGGAUGCGAUCCAGGGCUGCCAGGAUCAAGAGGGCGAUGGAGGAGCGCGGGAUCAAGCGGCUCCCCGGGCGGAGCUCCAUCCAGAUCCACGACACAGUGCACGAAUUCACGGUGGGCGACACGGACCACCCGAGACGAGAGGAGAUCUACGCGGAGCUCCGGAGGAUUGGGGUGGCGAUCCGGGAGGCCGGGUACCAGCCCGACCGGAAAUCCAUCCUCCACGACGUGGAAGAAGAGGAGAAAGAGGAGAUGCUGUGCUACCACAGCGAGAAGCUGGCGAUCGCGCUUGGGUUGAUCGCGUCGCCACCUUUGUCGACAAUCAAUGUGGUGAAGAACUUGAGGGUGUGCCAGGAUUGUCACACGGCUACCAAGUUCAUCUCCAAGGUUGCGGGGAGAAGAAUCGUGGUGAGAGACACGGUGAGGUUUCAUCACUUUGAGGGUGGCGCGUGUUCUUGCGGUGAUUACUGGUAGAAUUGGAACACCAUGAAUCAUAGUCCAAUUGCACAGUCCCUAUUUGCCUGAGAAAACUUGUCGAAUCCAGCUUUUGAUUAAAGCAUCCCUCACAGGAUUCUCUAGCUUAGGUGGAAAGAUUGUUAUAUUCUUAUUAAUUUCCAGUACCAUGGCUCCACCAUGCUCAA